AAAAAAAAAAUAAGGUGGAACGCACGAAGUAUGUGAAUGAAUGUACAUUAUUUGUUAUUAAUUAAGUUAAUAAAAUGAAAUAACAUGUGAUAAUCAUCAUGAUAUAUACGUCAUGUAUGCGAAUAUAUGUAUUUAUUUAAGCGAGAAUUGCGAGUCUUGAACACAUGGUGCGGAAAAGCGGAGUAUGAUAUUCCUCAAGGAAUUCGGGAGAUGCGCUGCGACGAGCGAGAAAUGCCCGAAUUGCGGACAGCCCGCGAACACGUCCUUCUCGAGGCUCGUGAAAGACAGCUGCGGCCACACCAAGUGCCGGAUGUGCUUGCUGUACGAGGAGCAUGGAUGUAAAAUCUGUCAAACCGAACAUUGCGCUCAGAGAAAAGGUGUUCAGCAUUAUUUAAACGCGGAAGAGCCACAUGUUACGAACGGAGAGCUGAGUCAAGACACGCGGAAAUCGUCCAGCGAGGAGAUCGUGCUGCCGUUAGAAUUGGUCAUCAAUAAGGAUUCCAAGUCCAAGGAAAGUCAUUCGGACUCGAACUCCGCCGAGGGCGGAUCGUCGAGUCUCUACGAGAGCAUCGAGCGUUUCGACAGCAACGAGGAGACCUAUGAAACUGUAACGAACGACACCGUCACUAAUGACAAUUCCAGCGAAGCGUACAUUCCAAGAAUAGAGUCUUACGACGUAGAGUUGAGCAUUCAGAAUCAUUUGAGAAAUGACAAUAAUUGUGAUAAUUCGAAGAAUCCACAGAAUCCACCGCAUAUAAAAAAUGACAGCAGUCAGGUGAAAACGAAAGUCGGCAAGGAGGUCGCGGAGAAGAGCAAAAACGUCAAAUGUAAUCGUAGUCACAUAACAAUACUACCAGGCAUCCCGGAAAGAUACAAGUGCAACGUGUGCUGUAAGAUCUUCCGCAACAAGAAGGGCAAGUGCUAUCACGACGCCUGCGUGACGGGUGUCAGGCCCUAUCAGUGUAACCUGUGCGACAGGAGUUUCGUCAAGCGCUCUCACUUCGAGUAUCACGAGAGGGUUCACAGAGGGUAUAAACCGUACAAGUGCCAUCUCUGCGAGAAGGCUUUCCCUCAGCAGAACAAGCUCAACAGACACCUGCUUUCUCACAGCAAGGAGAAAAAAUUUAUAUGUCCCGAAUGCAAUAAACGGUACAGUAAGAGGGAUGACUUAAAGAAUCACUUAAGCAUACACAAUUCGACGACUAUAUAUAAAUGCAAGUCCUGCGACAAGUCUUUCCGCAUAUUGACUAAUCUGAAACGCCACAUGCAAACGCAUACGAGCGAACGGCCGCACAGGUGCGAUCAGUGCAAUAAGAGUUUCAAAGACAGAUCUUUGUUAAUACGGCACAAACGGACCCACGGGAAAGAGAGGCCAUUCUGUUGCGCCCACUGCAACAAAGUUUUCCUGUCGAAGAGCGAAUUGAGACGGCAUUUGACUGUGCAUUCAGAUGAGAAACCGUUUUCCUGCGAAUACUGCCAGACGCUGUUUAGACGUAAGGACAACCUGAACCGGCACAUCAGGCACCAUCACACAACCGAGGACGGUUGCGAGGCGCGCAAAAACAUAACAAUGCCGAUCGUCGAAGCGGACCAGGCGAAGGGCGGCCAGCAAGGGCGGCAGAGGCAGAAGUCGAGGAAGGCGCAGCCGAAGGGCGCCGCGGCGUGUAACGCGAACUCCCGCGAGCAAAUCAACUCGCGGCUCGACCCCAUGGGCAACAUUACGCCCGUGAUAAGGGCCACGAGCGAGGUGAGUAACGCGGUGCCGGUGAUCAACGGGCCUAUCAACAUCAGGCGACUGGAGGACCGGACCGACCGGAAGAUCUUCACGUACACCGAGCCGAUCCCGAUCGCCGAGGCGGUGGUGCUCAACUGCCGGAUUGAGGAGAAGCUGUACCCGCAGAGCGCUAGCAGCCACAAUCACUUCGUGCGCAGCUACCUCAGGGACCGAAACUCCAAGGUGAACUCGUAUCCCAACGACACGCGGGCGUCGCAAGAUAAUCACAACAAUUUCGCGAUGACCGCGUCCUCGCAAACUGAGGCCGAUCUUCCUUUAAGAGCGACGGAACAUCCCACGGCCGAUGUCCGCAGGGAGAGGCUCCCGAGACGCGAGGAGAAAGGCGGCCGGGGUGAGGGCGAAAAUGAGAAGGGGGACGAAAGGUAUCGCGAAGGACGAAGGAAUUUCGAGGAUCCGAGCACCGUUUCUUUCCUAGAAUCCAACUGCGUCUCUACGAUCAAGAAACACACUACACAGCAGUCGGAGGGAUGCUCGAGCAAAAAUUCAACGAAUAUCAGCAAUUUGAAUGCAACGAAUCACACGACACUGCCAAAGGACUCUCAGGACAAUCGCGGAAAGAAGCAGAGCGACAUGCACUGGAGACGCAGAAUUGCGGAGACGCUCAAGCCGUCCUGAUCUCACGCAAAUCGGCUCCUUCAUGUGCUGACGGUCAGAAUUCAAGUGAACUCGGCGGCAAUUCUGGUGAAAAUUUUUCUUACAAUUCGUCAUAUAACUUUUCAGAAUUUCUACAUAAAUUUUAGAAUGUUUCAGAAUUUCAGUAUGAUCUUGUAAUUUUAGAAAAAUUUUCAGACUUUUUAUACGUGAAUUGAAAUACUUUUGAAACGAUGAAAAAAAUCUACACCUUUUCUAGAACUUUUUAUUCUGAAUUCUGAAAUAUUUUAAGAUUUCUAAGAUUUCUCAUUCAAAAAAAAAAGCUUAUAAACUCUGAAGACGUUUAAGGUACUUUUUCAGAAAUCUUCAAAAAUAUAAAAUAUGGGAAAUUCAUAAAAAUAUGAGACUCAAUGAGAAUUUUUUUCGCCAGAAUAAUGCACGAGGUGUGCAGUACAAUUAGCGAGAAAACAUAUUAACUUACAGUAAACUUACACUCUCUUAUAGUAAAUUUUUUAUAAUGAAAUUACGACUGAAACAGGUUAUCGUACUUUGCACUUUUCUAAAUAUAUAAAUUAUAUUGGCUUAAGUCAUCGCAAUAUACAUAGGUACGGUUUACAAACUUCACUGAAUGGCUUACAAAUCAAGACUGAUUAUGAAAUACUGAUUACGUGGCGCCCAAUAAUCAAAAUGAAAAUUGUGAAUGAGAGAAAUAAAACAUGAAAUCCAUACAGGAAAUAUGGAUGCACUUGAGAAAA